AUGGCUUCAGACCCCCAGAAGGUUGCCGGGAACGGCCUCAGCGCGAAGAACUCGGAUCAAUCCACUGGCUCAGCCGCGUCUGCCUCACCGCCGACUCCUCAGUCGCCCUUUCAACAGGUGCCUCCUUACCCUGUCGGCACCACUGAGCCAGGAGGAGCGCUGUCUCGAUCUCAAUCCAAGCUCGAGGCCAGCGACUACCUGGGCGGAAACAGUCAGUUCCCCCGGCUAUCACGUCCCGUAGAGCUUCUACGACCCACGUACGACGUCGUCGUCAUAGGAUCUGGCUAUGGAGGGGGCGUUUCAGCGUCACGUAUGGCACGUGCUGGCCAAGCAGUCUGCGUCCUUGAACGAGGCAAAGAGAGAUGGCCGGGAGAGUAUCCCUCGAAUCUCACCGAAGCUGCACCUGAGAUUGGCGUUACUGGCUUGUUCGCUCCUGGAGAUAAUCCUGGAGUUCCGGUGCACGUCGGAGAUCCAACCAAACUAUACCAACUAGUGAUGGGUGCCGGACAAAAUGCAUUUGUCGCCAGUGGUCUUGGGGGCACGAGCCUUCUCAAUGCGAACGUCUUCUUGAAAGCUGACGAUGGAGCAAUGAGCCUCCCCGAAUGGCCCAAAGAUCUCCAGACGCCCGGAGCCCUCGAUGAGUAUUACAAGCGAGCCGCCCAGAUGCUGCAGCCUGAGGAGUACCCGGAAGACUUCCCGCCUUUGCCCAAGCUGGAGCUGUUGAAGAAACAGGCCGAACUACUAGGAUGGGAGAAGAAUUUCAAGCGUGUGCCGCAAACGACCAGGUUCGAGAACGGGCCCAACCAUGCCGGUGUUCAAAUGCAAGCCAGCGCUCUCACGGGUAUGGAUAGUACCGGGGUGAAUGACGGGAGCAAGUCGACCACGCUCGUGACGUACUUGAGCGAUGCAUGGAACUGGGGAGCCGAGAUCUUCUGCCAAUGUGAAGCCCGUUACAUCAAGAAGCACCCCACUCAGGAGGGAUACCUGGUGUACUUCGCCUGGCACGGAGGCAAACGCGGCCUGUUCAAGAGAAACAUAUACCACGAUCUCAUGUGGGUGCAUGCGAAAAAGUUCGUCUUCCUGGGUGCCGGAGCUCUGGGGACAACCGAACUCCUGCUUCGUAGUAAAGCUCUCGGGAUGAAAAUGAGCAGUCGAGUUGGCAAAGACAUGAGCGGCAAUGGUGAUAUAUUGGCAUUCGGAUACAACACCAACUACGAAGUCAACGGCAUGGGCAGCGUGUCUCCCAACCCCGAUCGACCGGUCGGGCCCACCAUCACCGGAGUCAUCGAUUGCCGCACCCAGCCCAACCCACUGGAUGGCUUUGUGAUUGAAGAGGGUGCCAUUACUGAAGCAUUGGUUCCCGUGCUCCAAGCCAUGCUGGAGUCUCUCCCGGGCAAGAUCUUACCACAGCACUACAGCCUCAAAGACCAAGCCCGGCAUUUUGUCACUCGACAGCUGAGCAGACUGUACCCUUACGCCGCCAAGGGCAGCCUCGAGAGAACGCAGACGUAUCUGAUCAUGUCUCAUGACAGCAAUCAAGCAGUGAUGCGGAUGGGGCCCAAUGACAAGCCGACUCUGACCUUCUUGGGGGUGGGCAGAAGUGACCACGUCAAAUAUCUCAACGGUAUUCUGGCCAAAGCCACCAAUGCCGUCGGAGGCACCUAUAUCAACUCACCUUUCUUUGCGGUCUUGGGGGCUCAAGAGAUCACGGUCCACAUCAUGGGCGGCGCUACCAUCAGCAGCGACGACACUGGCGUGAAUGGAGCAGUCAACCAGUUCGGCCAACUUUUCCAAGGUCCAGGGGAAGAGGUCCACGAUGGCAUUGUCGUGGUGGACGGUGCCGCUCUGCCCACUGCACUGGGGGUCAACCCUUUCGCAACCAUCACCGCUCUUGCUGAAAGGGCGGUCGAAGCGGCGGCCAAGCGUAAAGGUCUGAAGAUCGAUCUCGCCACGCAGAACGGAACCCUCGACCUGUUCGGACCACCUGCUCAUCCGGUCCCAAUGGGCAGGGAACUUCGUAAGGCUGAGCGGAUCAUCGAGGAGGCUACAUCCUCCGAGUGUGAAGGGAUCGAGUUCGCCGAAGUCAUGACUGGGUACAUCAACAUUGACGACCAUGUGAACACGGGCGACGAGGCUUCCGACUAUGCCGUGGCAACCGAUGCAGCCCAGGCGGCCGGAAGUACGGCCCGGUUCUUCCUGAGCUGCCACGCUUGGGAUACCGAUGAGUUGAUCGGGCGGGCGGAUCACCCUGCAAUGCUGACCGGCACCUUCACCUGUGCUGGGCUGCCCGGGUCUCCGUUCAUGGUGUUGCGAGGUGACUUCAACCUGUUCAACCAGGACAAACGCACGCCGGACACGACCAACCUGACGUACAAUUUCGACAUGAUCUCGACCCGCGGCGAGAUCAUCCACUUCUACGGCUACAAGGUGGUUGAUCGGUCGAUUGCGUUCAAGCCUUGGGCGACCUGGAAGGCCACCUCGACGCUGUACGUCACCCUCAGCAAAGGCGACCGCACCGUGGGCAAGGGGACUCUGCACAUUGAGCCGCGAGACUUUGUGUCCGAGCUGACCACCUUCACGCCGCAUGGGUCGACCCGGCUGUCGAAGGUGGCGUCAACCGGCAAGUUCUUGACCUUCUUCACCAAGCAAGUGCUGUCCAACUUCCUCGGACCGUUGGGCUGGAUUCAGUAUCCGACCACGACCUACCAAGGCUACGAAGUGAACAAGAGGCCGCCGGUUGAGACGAUCAAGGUCACCUCGACCGACAAGAUCGUGUCCACUCUCCAGCGAUGGGCCCCGACCACCGCGUCGUCCACGGGGCGCCAGGUGUUGUUUAUUCCCGGAGCGUCGGUCGACCACCAGAUCUUUGCGCUGCCGACCAUCGACACCAACGCGGUGGAAUACUUCCAGGCCGCGGGAUACGAAGUUUUCUGCAUCACCCACCGCACGGGGAAGACGCCCAACGCGCAGCGGGGAUUCACGACGUACGAUGCCCGGCUGGACAUUGAAGCGGCGUUUGAGGAAAUCCAUCGGCUCCAGGGUUCGACCAAGCCCAAGCCCAUCUAUGUGAUUGCCCACUGUGCGGGCUCGGUGGCGCUGUCGGCCGGCCUGCUGGAUGGCACCAUCGACUCGAAAUGGAUCAGCGGGUUGACGGCGUCGCAGGUGUUUUUCAACCCCAUGUUUGGCGUGGUCAACAAGAUCAAGGCCUCGCUGCCCGUCUCUCUGACCAGCAUUUACAAGCUGCUGGCAGGGAAUUGGUUCUCGUGCAUCUCGACCGAGAAUGACUCGUUGGUGCAGCGGUUGUUGAACCAGGUGGUGCGACUGUAUCCGGCGGGGGCUCCGGCCGAACUGUGCAAUAGUGUGGUCUGCCAUCGAUCCGAGCUUGUUUUUGGGAGGCUCUGGUCACACAAACGACUCAACGCAGCCACGCACGCCAAUCUGUCCAAAUUCCUCGGCGGCACCAGCAUGAACUCGCUCAGCCAGCUCAUGUACCAAGGCACGCACGGCGAGGUGACCAACAACAUGCUCGAGUCGCUGGUGCGGCCGGAGAAUCUGCAACGGCUCAAGGACGUGCCGAUUCUGUUCAUCUCCGGCAACGACAACGUCGUGUACACGCCCGAAAACACCGACAAGUCGUAUACCACCUUGACCACCAUUUUCGGCCCGGCCCGCUAUCAGCGUGAAUUGUUUCCCGGCUAUGGACAUUUGGACUGCUGGAUGGGCGCCGAGGCGGUCAAGGAUGUGUAUCCCACGGUUCUGGCCCACGCGGAACGUAUCUUCAAGGAGAGUGUGAAAGGUGUUCCUACUACGAAUGGUGCUACUAAUGGUGUCAAGGGCGAUGUCAAGGGCGAUGUCAAGAGUGGUGUCGAGAAUGGCGUCGAGAAUGGUGUCGGUGUCGGUGUCGGUGUCGGUGUCGGUGUCGGUGUCCAUGGCGCUACUACUACUACUACUACUGCGAAGAGUGCCAAGGGGAGUACCAAACUGGCUCCGGCUGUCGAUGGUGCUCUCAAUGGUACUGGUAAGAGUGGUGGUGGUGGUGGUGGUGGUGGUGCCAAGGGUGCUGCGAAUGGUGCUGUCAAUGGUGGUGACUGA